UUAUUCCGAUGUAAACACAGCUGAUCACCUUCGCGACUUUGUCUAGGUCUAUCUAGGUCUAUAAUCUAGAUAUAUACUAAUAUAGAUCUAGUCUUCAGUCUAGAUCUAGAGUAAUUCUAGUUAGUCAGUUCUAGAUGAUAAUCUAGUAGAUGACUAGAUCUAGAUGUUAAAAGUAAAAGUCAAUUAAUAGUGCAACAGUGGCAUUUAAUGAUAUAAAUAAAUUUAAUGAUUUUUUUUCAUGUCUCGAGAGACGAUGUUUCCCUGGGCCUGACCCUGGCUUUUAAACUUUGACUCGAGUUAUUAGACUAGACUAGAAUACUAGAUAGAUCUAGAUUCUAGAUUAUCAUUAGAUCUAGAUCUAUCAUCUAGAUCUAGUAUUAAAAGUAAUAAGUAUGGUUUCACUGACACGUCAAGAAUCAUUUAUUUUUAAAUAUACUCUUUCAGCCACAUCUGCUGUAGUUGCUGAGUCUGUCACUUAUCCACUUGACUUGACAAAAACAAGACUUCAGAUUCAAGGUGAAAAAGGUCAUCAUUCAAUGGGUCAUUCACUAAGUCAUUCAGCCCAACACAGAGGAAUGAUUGCCACAGCUGUGGGUAUAGCCAAAGAAGAAGGUGUAAGAAAAUUAUGGCAGGGUGUAACACCAGCACUAUAUCGACAUAUUGUAUAUUCAGGCAGCAGAAUGAGUUUUUAUGAAAUCCUACGAGAAAAUGUUUUCAAGAAAAACUCUGACGGAACUUUUUCUGUUUGGAAAGCAACUUUAUCAGGAUUAUUAGCAGGAGCAGCUGGACAGUUUCUUUCAAGUCCAGCAGAUCUGGUCAAAGUUCAGAUGCAAAUGGAGGGCAGGCGAAGACUAGAAGGAAAACCUCGUCGUGUUAAAAAUACAGCCCAUGCUUUCAGAAAAAUAUUGUCCGAAAGUGGAGUAAGAGGUCUGUGGACUGGUUGGGUGCCAAAUGUUCAGAGGGCUGCUUUAGUUAAUUUAGGAGAUCUUGCUACUUAUGACACAGUCAAACAUACAAUUUUGUCUAAAACAAAUCUGCAAGAUAAUUAUAUCACACAUACCUUAUCUAGUGCUUGCUCAGGAGUGAUUGCAGCUCUGAUGGGUACUCCAGCUGAUGUUGUGAAAACAAGAAUCAUGAAUCAACCAACCAAAGAUGGCAAAGGCCUUCUGUACUCAGGAUCUGUAGACUGUUUAGUAAAAACAGUUCGACAAGAAGGAUUCUUGGCUCUAUAUAAAGGCCUAUUACCAAUCUGGGCAAGAAUGGCUCCUUGGUCUCUAGUAUUUUGGUUGACUUAUGAAGAAAUCAGAAAAUUGUCAGGAACAUCAUCAUUUUGAUGUUUGGUUCUUUUAGAUACAAAUUACUUGAUAACAUUUGAUAAGAUAAAUGAAAUAUAUUAUUGUUAAUAAACAUACCGGUAUGUUCUCUAUGAAUUCCAAAAUUGUUUUCAUGUGUAAACAUUGAUUUGUUGAGAUGAAAGCAUUUAGCUGUAUUUGGAAAUAUUUUUUAAGUCUGUGUUUCUCAAUCUUUUUAGUUGUGUCACUCUCUCAGAUCUUAUCUUAUAAAUUAUAGACAUAUUCAUGUGUCAAUCUAGUCAUGCAUGUUGAAAUCUGCCAAGUUUUUGGUUUUCCUUGAUGAUUCAGGCAACCCAUUCCAUGCUCUAAAAGCAUUAGUGAAUAAGAAUGUGCCUUUAUCUUUGUGUCUUUCUGAGUAUUUUAUUAGGUUUUUUUUUUGAAUUUGUAAAUUAUGGUUUAGUGUUUUAUGUAUAAUUGCUACUUUACUUUGUAGUGUUCUGUCCUGAAGGGUUUCUUAAUUGAGUGAUUUUAUAAAUGGCGUAACUCUAAUCAAGUGUGUUAUAAAUCUCAUAGUUCUAGUUUGCAUAUGUUCUAGUUUCUUUAUGGUCUGCGUGUAUAAAAUAUUAUCAAAUAAAGAAGAGAGUCGAAAGGGCCAAUAUUGCAGUAUGAGAUUCUCUCAAGGCACACGUAGAGCAUAUUUGAGUAAGGGCUAACUUGUCAUAAAAUGAUUUGUAGCAAGCUUGUUUGGUUCUCAAAACUACAGCAUCAGAAUGAUUGUGUCACUUAGAAAAAAAAAUAUACCUAUCAAAAUGUCUUUUGCAAGUGAACUUUUUGAGUAGAUCUUGUAGCAGUUACUUGUUGUGCAGGCUAUAAAAGGCCAUACAUGUAAGUUGAAAAGACCUCUCUUUAUUUAUUGUUUUUAAACAUUUGUAACAAUAUGUUGUUUCACUUGAUCAAUAUUUAAAUAUUGAUCUAUUUCAGUAAUGUAAAUACAACAGAAUCCCUUUCAUCCUUUUAAAAAAAUCUCCACCUGGGCACCCCUUUGUCAACAAGUCCUGGUGCCGAUGAGGUUGAGAAAUGCUGUUUUUAAGCAAACAUGUGUUCAUGAUAAUAGUGUUCAUGAUAAUAUAAUUGUUUUGUAAAAUACUUACAGAAGUUGAUGAUUUUUUAAUGUUUACAUUGCCAUGAUUGUUAUUGUAAAAAGGACUAUUUUUGUUUUAAAAAAACUAGUACAACACUAUAUUUACAUACAGGAUACUGUUGAUUUUUUUUUAUAAACAAAAAUUGUGUAUCCCAAAGGUUUAGUUUUUUUUAACUGUAAACAUUUCUUGUUACAAUGAAUUACUUACUACUGUACAUCUUUAGAUCCUUUUUAGAAUGUGUUUUUAUUUUUCAAGAGUCUUAUAAUUUUUUAAGAACCUACUUAAAACCAAAAACCUGACUUUUCUCACUCAACUAUAAAGACUGUUGACCUCAACGUAUAACUAGCUAUGUAGCUAUACAGCAAUCAAUGUAGCUAUUUUAUCUCAGUAUUUUUUAUUAAGAACUCUUAUUGUGUACAGAAAGUGGCUAGAAUAAAAUUCUUGUCAAAGAUUUAUUUCAUAAAACUUAUAGUUUUUCUUCUUCUUUCUCAUUUUGUUGCAGGGUUCAGAUCAAUAAUCCUAUAUCUGAGAUUAACUGCGCAGUGGUUCCCAAAUCAGGCAGUUCUCCAUUUUGUUUUUCAUCUAUAGCAGGAUUUUUGGGCCAGUUUUGUUUGGGCCUCUUAAUAUAGUAUGCAGCUUUGAAGGACAUGGUCAGCAUUCUCUUCCACAAAGGCAAGUUUUGCUAGUCCCCACUUUUAACUUCCAGAACAUAUGUUGUCUCAUUCUGUCUCAUUUUGUUUUGUCCGGUUCUGAGUCGAAAAAUUAUGCAUUGGUCAUGUUGAGAUAGCUUAUAAAAGUAUAAUUUCAAAUUUUGAUGUGGUCCAAUUGUGUGUAAUAAUGAAGGAAUGCAACAACAAAAACUUGCUUACCAAGCUAAACUGCUGUUAAGUGAGGAGUUUAUAUCCUCUAGACUUGCUCUGCUGUUAGGGACACUUACUACACAUCAAGCUCGGUAAAAAUUGGGGUGGGUGUUAGUCAGUGAAACAUUUGGAAGACUUUGAACACAUGUCUUGUAAACAAGUCAGCAGGAAAUAAAUAUUCCUAAGAAAGUUUGAAGGAAGGGUUAAAAAAUAAUGUAAUCACCUAGAAAAGUCUUAUGGAGUGACUUUAAAUGGAAAAUAAGGCAUGAAAUCAUAGGUAGUUGGUCAGUAGUCAUUGCCCAUUUGUUCACAGUUCAUUGUUAAUGGUUGAUAGCUUUUUGUUGGUCUCGCUUAGUACUUGUACCAUUUAAAUAAGUGAUUUUUGUUUGAUGUAAAUCAUUGAUUUUUCCAUAAUUGAUUUUGAAGAUAUUAAAUUCUGAUUGAAUUUCAA